CCAUUGGUUCUCAUCUCUCCAACUUUACUUUACCAAAUAUAAUUCCAAACCAAAAUUUUCUCCUAACCUGCAAAAUCCACACAUCAUUCACACUCUAACCACAAACACUUCCACUCCUUCAUCAAUCAAUGGCGUCAACCAUAAUUGCAAUGACCAUGAUGAACACAAAGUGCUUCAACACUACAACCUCACCAAAGCUCCACAACCCAACAAAACUCAUCACAAAACCCACCUCACUCCUUUCCCUCAAGAACCUUCUUCCAAAAGCAACUCCCUCAACAGAAAACACCAAACUAUCAUCUUCCAUAGCAGGAACAGCACUUGCAGGAGCAAUAUUCUCAACCCUCGGAGCCUGUGACCCUGCUUUUGCAGCACAACAAAUAGCUGACAUAGCUGAAGCAUCAUCAGAUAACCGUGGUUUAGCACUUCUGUUACCUAUAAUUCCUGCCAUAGCUUGGGUUCUGUUCAACAUUCUUCAACCAGCACUUAACCAAAUCAACCGUAUGCGUAACAAAGGGGUUAUUAUUGGCUUGGGUCUUGGUGGAUUAACUGCUUCAGGAUUUGUGUCAACGCAAGAUGCAAUGGCUAGUGAAAUUGCUGCUAUUGCUGAAGCUGGUAGUGAUAAUAGGGGUCAGCUUCUUUUGUUUGUUGUAGCACCUGCUAUUCUUUGGGUUCUCUAUAAUAUUUUGCAGCCUGCUCUUAACCAAAUCAACAGAAUGAGAUCAGACUGAAACUUUUUCCUAUAAUGAAAUAAAUUUAGUUUUUUUUGUUGUUUGUUGUUGUUCUUGUUUCUGUUGUUGGAUAUAUAUACCAUUCAAUUCUCUUGUAACGUGUAUCUAUAAUGUUAUAUCUGUUUUUUCUUGA